AUAUGGAAAGGAAAAACAAGAGAAGGGCCUCCUUUUUUCCGCUAACCCUCGGCUACGUUGUUCACGCGUCGUCUGGAGAAGAACAAGAAAAACGAGGAAGAGGAAGAAGAAGGAAAAGGGUGGGAGGAGCAGGCAAGAACUCGACUUCCCUUUCGCUGUGUUCGCGGAAGAGGGGAGGAGUUACAGGGGGGUACGUCCGGACGUGGAAGAGAGGAGAUAACGGUGACCAUGAGCUGCCCCGAGUCCAAGGUGGAGACGAUCUCCAGGAUGGCGCAGUGGAAGGUGGAGUGCUUCUCUCCUUUCUCUUACAGGCGCUCCGACGCCUUCAAGGUUGGUCUCUGGAAUUGGCAUUUGGCAGUUGAGAAGAACAGGAGUAUAUGCAUCCGUCUGUUUCCGGAGCCAGGCAGAAAAGAACAGCCUCCUAUCGCCACGUUUAUUGUCCGGGCGUCGAUCUCUGGGUCCACCCGUCGCCCCUUUGCCACUCCAGUUAUCAACGACAGAUUGUUCCGCACUGGUGAAGACUUUUUAUGGCACAUUGAUGCUGCAAUUUAUGGAAGAUACAUCAUUGACGUGGAAUUUCUGGAUCUCAAGACUGGGGCAAAUGGCGGUGAGGCUACUUCUGUGUGGUGUACUGAAGAAUCAAUGCAGACUGUCUUGAAUAAAAGCACUAUCAGCUGCUUGUCACGCAUGCUUCAUGAUGAACUUCAUGCUGAUGUGACCAUCCAUACAUCCAGUGGCACACUUAAAGCUCACAAGGCAAUUUUAUCAGCAAGUUCUCCAGUUUUUAAGGGCAUGUUUCAGCAUAGCUUGAAAGAAAAUGAAUCUUCUACAGUUGUCAUAGAUGACAUGUCCAACGAGUCCUGCUGUGCAUUCCUUGCUUACAUUUAUGGGGGAAUGAAACGGAAUGAGUUUCUGGAACACAGAUUUCAGUUACUUGCUGCUGCACACAAGUAUGAUAUUAUUGACCUUAAGGAUGCAUGCGAGGAGAGCUUACUAGAGGAUAUAAACUCUUCCAACGUUCUCGAGAUAUUGAACGAUGCUUGGUUAUUCCAUCUGGCUAAGCUGAAGAAGGCUUGCAUGAUGUUUUUGUUCGACUUUGGGAAGAUACAUGAUUUGAAAGAUGAGAUUGCUUCGUUUUUCCAGUACGCGGACAGGGAAUUGAUGAUCGAAAUGUUUCAGGAAGGUUUAAACAUGUGGAAAAAUGAUUGACAGUAUAUAUAUUAUGCAUAAUUUUCUCUUGUUCUUACUGAAAAACACAACUACUUCGAUGUAGAGGCUUGGGUCCAAUCAUAAUAAAAAUGUGGUGGUGUUCUCUGUC